AUGAGCACUCCGAGUCCAACAUCUUCCACCUUGGCCCCGCCUCGGGUUGACCACGAAACAUUUACAGUGAGUUUUGUCAAUACCCUGUCUUUUCAAACAUCAAAUAAUUUGAUUGUUUAAUUUUAGGGAGUAGCUUGGGGCGGUACAGCACUAUCCUUCCUUUUUGUAGUCUUCAGGAUCUCUGUCAGGGUACGCACCUUCAAACGACUUUCACCUGACGAUUUAUGCGUCAUUGCAGCGUGGCUACUACUUCUAUCUUCAGCCAUCGUCUGGCAGAAUAUUAUCAAAGACAUGUUCGAGCUGCUUGCGGCUGGGAGGGUGAACCUUCAUCCCCUUCCAGAAGGGUUCGAAACGCGUGCUCAAAAUGCUCUGCGGGACUCCGCGGCCUUCACAGUACUAUUCUAUAGUACUUUGUGGUUGAUAAAACUUUCUUUCCUACUCUUCUUUGGACGAUUGUUGGAGAACGUGGACUCUUUUAUCUGGCCACGGCGCAUUGUGAUCGUGUUUGUUCUCGCAACUUGGACCAUAUGUAUUGGUACAAUUCCGUAUCCAUGUAUGGUUCCUAGCUUUGCAAAAAUAGUUAAAGAGUGUGCAUCUUCCUCUGCAACAUCAUUUUAUCACUUCACACUUGCCUUCAAUUGCAGCAUGGAUGUCUUGACAGACAUAAUGAGUAUGUCAAUAGAUUUACCUCCAUCUGAGUCAAGGGAAAUAACCACGAACUAGUUAUGGCCAUACCAUUUUGCAUCCUUUGGACUGUACGCUUAAGUCGAAAGAAAAAGCUGGCAUUUGCUGGCAUUUUCUCACUCGCCGUAAUAACGAUGAUUUUCGCAAUCGUUCGCGUUGCAGUUAACAUUGGGAGCCCGCACUCGACCUUGUUCGAUCAGAGUUGGCUAUACACCUGGAGUCUUAUUGAGCAAACCGUUGGUAGGUUCUAAUUUGAAAGGUUUCUUGAGGGUUUUGUUCCAAUGGCUAAUAAUUGCAGCCAUCAUAGUUGCUUGUCUUGCUUCGUUCCGUUCUCUAUUCGCUCGCAACAACAUUUCUCAGCCAGCCCCUCCAGAUCCACACGAGAGUUAUCAGAAUGACCAGAAUAGGCAAAGGAAAAAGCGUUUGUUCGAUGUCCACUUUGGUCUUUUGUCUCGCCUAACAGCUCCUUCUACAUACGCGGAUAUAACCGAGACAACCUCCCGCGGUACUGCAUCAGAAGAUGUAUUGCUUCAUUCCCAGAAAAUUAAUAUGCGGCAAGACGUUGAGCUCCAAUCCUCUGAGUUACAGGCUCAGGCUACAUAA